CCAAUCUCUUCAACAAAAGGAUGGGUUCAAAUCAAAAUAGUAAAUUUAUUACAUCUUUGUUGCUGUCAUCCGCACAAAAGAGUGAGAUUCAUUUGAAGCCAGAGCAGCUGAAAAUCAUCCUAGACACCUUAUAUAUCUUAAGGUGUUGAAUAUUGAAUCCCUCAAACUUAGCUCGCUGCCAAAUGAUAAGCUUUUUUCUAAAUACCAUAGUAUCAAGUAUCUUGCAAUCACAGCUGAUAUCAGUUCCCUUCCCAAGUCAUUCGAAUAUCUUUCAUGUUUGGAGACUCUAGUGAUCAAAACCACAGAAAGGGCACUAAAAAUUAAUGAAGGCAUAUGGAACAUGGAAAAGCUAAGGCAUGUGCACACCAACACCUCUACGCAAUUACCCUCUCCUUCCGAAAAAGAGAUUUAUAGCGAUAAACAAACAGAUAUCCACACACUUUCUACAAUAUCACCAGGAAGUUGCACAAACGAGAUCUUCAACAAGACCCCAAAACUCCAAAAAUUAGGUGUUCGUGGGGAUUUAUCAGAACUUCUCGAGGAAAAGCAAAAUGUUUGCUUGUUCAACAAUGUUCAAAUGCUAGAAUGCCUCGAAAACUUGAAGCUUCAUGGCAACUCUGAGAAAGUAGAGUUGAAGGUCCCAAUGUCGGAUAAGUUUCCAAGAAGACUAAGAAAGUUGACCUUGUCUGGUACAUUGUUUCAAUGGAAUGACAUGAGUGUACUGGGAUUGUUGGAGAUACUCAAAGUGCUCAAGUUGGAUGACAAUGCAUUCUCAGGAGAACAUUGGGAUCUAAGCAGUGAUGUUAUUUUCAAAGGGCUUCAGUAUUUGCGCAUUGGUAAAAUGAACCUCAAAACAUGGACAGCUGUGGACUCAAAGAAAAGCUUUCCAGUUCUUGAAAGCCUGGUUCUCAGGAAUUGUAUUUCCCUACAAAAUAUUCCACAGGAUUUUGCUAAUGUGGACAGCCUUAAAGUGAUGGAACUGUUUGAGGUGAAGGUGUCUGAUUUUGCAAGAGAGAUUUGUGUGAAAAGGCAUGGCAAAACAAAUGUCAAAAUCAAUGGAUUCGACCUCUUCAUCACUCCUCUUCCGUCACAAGCAACAGUACAUAACCAAGCAUAUGGGAAUGAACAUGUCAACACUAGAGGAUUCCACCACCCCAGCACCUCUAUUCAGUCACAAGAAAUUGUAAAUAACCAAGCUACCCAAGCAUAUGGGGAUGAAAAUGUAACACCAGUGGAUUCGACCAACCCAGCACCUCUACUUCAUCACAAGAAAUUGUACAUAAGCAAUCAAACGGGGAGGAAAAUGUCAACACCAGUGGAUUCGACCACCCCAGCACCUCUACUCUGUCACAAGAAAUAGUUUGUGAUGAUGAUUAAUUGUUCAAUUCGGUCAGCUAUGUCAAUUGCUUUCUUGAAAUAAAAGAAUUAGAGUUGAUGCGUUUGUUUCUGUUGAUGUAAAGAAUGUGUGGAUGAGAAUUGAGAGUGGAUUGAGCUUGAUUGCCUCAGACAUGUGGUUCGAUGAAUUCCCAUUCAUGAGUGGCGUGCAAUCAUGUUGAAAGCCAAUUUAAGCUAAGUGUGUGUUAGUGAUUUCAUAUUGUUGAAUUGGGAGAUUAUUUUUGUAUUUCCAGUUUGUGAUUACUUUCGCAUGACUUUCAUAUGGUAUUUUGGUAUCGUAGUCAAGGAGUCAAGGUUAUUUAUCGUUUUUC